AUGCCUGCAAGGGGCCCGUCAGGACCAUGGCAACGCCUCAAACCGGCCGAUCUGGAUCCCUUGGAGAGCAUGGGCUUACCGUCCAAGGGGGAGACCAGACUGCUCGAUCAUAAGAACCAGGAGCGCUACUACACAAAGAUUGUCGAGCGGUAUCUCAGCUUCUGCUCCGAUGCCACCGACCGUGAUGCGCUCCUGCAGAAGUUCGGCUCGCUUUCCAUUGGCAAGGAAAGGGGUGGAUCGUCUGGUACCGAUGCUUCAGUAGCUUCCGGCUCAACCGCCUCAACAGCUUCUACGGCAAUCACGGCAUCCACGGCAUCUGUGGCGCCCCCUUUCCCUGCUCCAACACUUUCGCAGACCGGCACCAAUGACCUGUCUGCCGUCUUAAUGGCUCUGCGGAAACUGCGUGAAGGAAUUGUAGCCUCCAAGCGCAUUGACGAUUUCGCAACACAGGCCUACUUGUUCAACGUGCGCACCGCCAUCCUGGUCAAGCAUUCCGAGAGCUAUCAUCCCGCAAUUCUGUACCUCCUGCGCACCAUCCACCCAAAGCACCCGCUCACCAGCUUCGAGCUCCGCGAGGUCACUGGAUACCUUGUGCUCGACGCUGCGUGCCGGCGAGGCGACUUGGCCGAAGCCUUUGCCUUGCGCAACCGCUUCAAGCUGCAUGACGCCAAGGUUGAUGCCAUCCUACACGCGUUGGCUCGCGACGACUUCAUUGCCUUUGGCAGGGUCAAGAGGACCGUCGACGGUCACCAGGCCAAAUUCCUCGAGUUCUGCGAGGACGGUCUGAGACGGCAUACGCUCAAAUGCUUCGGGCGGGCAUACCUGUCAGUUGACGUCCCCUACCUCGAAAAGGCCACUGGGGCGACAUUUCUGGAGCUCGUCGAAAGAGAUGGCGUUGGUUGGCAUUCGGACGGCUCCAAGGUCGUCAUUCGCAGUAUCAAGGGACGUUCCUGA